AUGAAGACGCCCACACGACCAGCAUGGCUGGCGCUCUUCAGCCUGGCAUCGACCACACUGGCCGCAUCGGACAGCAACCCGCGCAACCUCACCAACAUCCAUGAAGCCGGUCGAUGCGCCAUGCGCGGCCAAUGCGGCAAACAGUCCUUCUUCGGUGGCGAGCUACCGUGCGCCGACAACGGUCUGGCUGAAUCCCCAGACGACGACCUGCGCGACCUAUUGGUCGAUGUCUGCGGCGAGGAAUGGAAGGACACAGAUGUGUGCUGUCAAGAAGAGCAAGUCGAAGCGCUGAAGAGCAACUUCGGGACCGUGAAUGGUAUACUAGGCUCCUGUCCGGCGUGCACGAAGAACUUCUUCAACUUGUUCUGCACGUUCACUUGCUCGCCGGAUCAGAGCUUGUUCGUCAAUGUCACGGAUACGGCGGAGAAGAACGACAGGAUUCAGGUUACGGAGCUGGAUCAGUUGAUCAGUGAGGAGUAUGGGUCGGGCUUCUAUGAUAGCUGCAAGGAUGUGCAGAACGGUGCUGCGGGUGGGAAGGCGAUGCUGUUUUUUGGGAACUCGAAAAAUUACACGCAGUUAUUGCACUUUCUUGGGCAGAAGAGGACGAUUGGCGGCAGUCCGUUCCAGAUCAACUUCCCGAGGCCGGAGGAUCAUGACUUCGAGGAUAUGGAGCCCAUACUGUACGAUCCCAAAGCGUGCAAUACGUCUGAUCCGGAUUAUCGAUGUGCCUGCGUGGACUGCGAGAGCAGCUGCACAGCUCUGCCGGAGAUCGAGAGCGAGGAAGAGUGCUAUGUCGGACUGCUGCCAUGCUUGAGCUUUGGCGUGGUGAUCGUGUACUCGUGCAUCAUCACGCUCUUCGUGCUGGCUGUGUCGGGACAUGUCGCCGCAGCCAAGCGGCGCAAGAGCAGGAACGAGAGGCUGCAGCUGCUGCAAGAUGCACAUCCCGAGGACGAUGACGAUGACCGUGAUGUUCUGCACGGAACUGGAGGCACGCUGGAUCGGCCGAACAAGCAAUAUAUCAUCAACACGUACUGCGACCGGGCUUUCAGUGCGCUAGGACGGACAUGCGCCAACUUCCCUGCCAUCACCAUUGUCUCCUCGAUCAUCGUCGUCGGCUUGCUCAGUCUCGGCUGGAUGCGAUUUGAAGUCGAACAGGACCCAGUGAAGCUAUGGGUUGCGCCUGACAGCGACGCUGCGAAGGAGAAGAUCUUCUUCGACACGAACUUUGGUCCCUUCUUCCGCGCCGAGCAGGCUUUUCUGGUCAACGAUACGCAGUCGGAAGGACCAGGUCCGGUAUUGAACUAUGACACGCUCAACUGGUGGUUUGACGUCGAACGCAGAGUUCAGGUGCUGAAGAGCGAGAGCGGAUACACAUUCGAUGAUGUAUGCUACAAGCCACUCGAUGACAACUGUGUCGUGCAGAGCAUUACCCAGUACGGCCCCUUUGCCAGCAAUGGCCUGGACAAAGAUACCUGGGAAAGCGACCUCCAGAAGUGUGCGGACUUCUAUGGCGACCAAGAGUGCCUGCCACCGUUCAUGCAACCUCUUCCCAUCGAACGGUUACUCGGCGGCUACAACACCAGCACCGAGCCUGUCACGAACGCCUCGGCGUUGAUUGUCACUUGGGUCGUCAAGAACUACAAUGUCGGCGAACCACAGUUGGAGAAGGCAGAAGAGUGGGAGAACAGCCUUAAGCGCCUUUUACUGGAUGUGCAAAGCGAAGCUCACGAGCGUGGCCUCCGACUGAGCUUCAACACGGAGAUCUCGCUGGAGCAGGAGCUGAACAAGACCGCCAACACUGACGCGAAGAUCGUGGUCAUCAGCUACAUUGUCAUGUUCAUCUACGCUUCGCUCGCGCUCGGCAGCACUACCGUCACUGCGAGCAUGAUCCUCCGCAACCCUGUCGCUGCGCUGGUGCAGAGCAAGUUCCUGCUGGGCAUUGUCGGCAUCUUGAUCGUGCUCAUGAGUGUUGCUGCAUCCGUGGGCUUGUUCGCUGCAGCUGGCGUGAAGGCUACUCUGAUCAUCGCCGAGGUCAUCCCGUUCUUGGUGCUGGCGGUCGGUGUGGACAACAUCUUCCUCAUCGUGCACGAGUUCGAGCGCGUCAAUAUCAGCCACGCGGACGAGAGUGUACCGGAUCGCGUCGCAAGAGCGCUUGGCCGCAUGGGCCCGAGUAUCUUGCUCUCUGCCAGCACUGAGACUGUGGCUUUUGCGCUCGGUGCUGCGGUUGGUAUGCCGGCAGUGCGCAACUUCGCGGCGUAUGCGGCAGGCGCUGUGUUCAUCAAUGCGCUGCUGCAAGUCACAAUGUUCGUCUCGGUGCUCGCGCUGAACCAGGAGCGUGUGGAGGCUGGCCGAGCCGAUUGCUUCCCGUGCGUCAAGCUGCAGGGUGGUAUGGACUCGAGCAUGCCGAAUGGGUAUGGCGGAGCGCCAUUCAGUGGUGUUGAAGAGGAAGGCUUCUUGAGCAGGUUCAUUCGAAAGCACUAUGCUCCAGCUCUGCUUGGUAACAAGACAAGAGUUGGCAUCAUUAUGGUGUUCCUAGGCUUCUUCGCCGCUGGCAUCGCUCUUCUGCCGGAUGUACAGCUGGGGCUGGACCAGAGGAUCGCGAUUCCGAGCGACAGCUACCUGAUCAAGUACUUCGACGAUCUCUACGACUACUUUGGAGCUGGACCGCCUGUCUACUUCGUAACGAGGGAUGUCAACGCGACUCAGAAACCGGCUCAGCGUGAGCUGUGCGCCAAGUUCCCGGUUUGCGACGAGUUCUCUCUCGCCAACGUACUCGAAGGAGAGCGCAGGCGCCCUGAACAAUCAUACAUUGCAGAUCCCACAGCAAGCUGGAUCGAUGACUUCCUCCAAUGGGUCGACCCAGGCCGGACAGAUUGCUGUGUGGAAGAAGACGGCACGCCCUGCUUCGAAGGCCGCAUGCCGACCUUCAACCCGACUCUUCAAGGCCGACCGACUGGUGAGGAGUUCAUCCACUACGCCGAACGCUGGCUUGUCGCUCUCCCAGGCGAGGACUGCCCCGUCGCCGGCAAAGCAGCCUUCGCAGACGCCGUUGUCCUCAACAACGAAACGAACACCAUCCACGCCAGUCACUUCCGCACCGCCCAUACUCCCCUCCGCAGCCAAGCCGACUUCAUCAACUCCUACGCCUCCGCCCGCCGCAUCGCCGCCGACAUCUCCGACCGCAACGACGGCAUCGACGUCUUCCCGUACAGCAAACACUACAUCUUCUUCGACCAAUACGCCUCCAUCGUCUCACUGUCCACCGCGCUCGUCGGCUCCGCACUGGCGUUCAUCCUGGUCAUCGUCACGCUACUCCUCGGCUCCCUCGCUACCGGCCUCGUCGUGACGAUCACAGUUGCCAUGAUCGUCGUCGACAUCGUCGGCACCAUGGCUCUCGCCGGCGUCUCCCUGAACGCCGUCAGCUUGGUCAACAUCGUCAUCUGCGUCGGCAUCGGCGUCGAGUUCUGCGCGCACAUCGCCCGCGCCUUCACCAUUCCCUCGUCCUCAAUUCUAGAACGCGCCCAAGGCAAGUUCCGCGGCAAAGAGGCACGCGCGUGGGCGGCGCUGGUGAAUGUAGGCGGGAGCGUGUUCAGCGGGAUCACGAUUACGAAGUUGUUGGGUGUGUUUGUGCUGGCUUUUACGCGGAGCAAGAUCUUUGAGAUUUACUAUUUCAGAGUUUGGUUGGCUCUCGUGGUGUGGGCGGCGCUGCAUGCGUUGGUGUUCUUGCCUGUUGCUUUAAGCUUCUUUGGGGGUGCUGGCUACAUUGACCCCGAGAGCGACGGAGGGCUGGAGCAGGAUCUGGCGAGUCGACGGUAUCGGGCCUUGCUGCCUGAAGAUGCUUACGAUAGCGAUGAGUACUAG